AUGAUUUCUUGCUUGAACAAGAAAUCCACAGCCACAACUGACCGUAGACGACUUGCUUUCGGUUGUGGAUCAGGCCACAGAAAGAGUCAAACUGGCGAGAGCAGUAGAUCAGUUGGCGGAAGAGACGACUUGAAGGUGAAUCUAGGCAUCGCGCGGUGGGGCAGUGGUUGGCUCGCCGAGCGGAAGCGGCGCAUUGGAAGAGCAGAGGCAGAAAAGGUGUCAAGUUGGUCUCGUGUUUGUGUUCAAGUGGAAUGGUGUGAAGGGGCUGUGGCCAGCGAAAAGCUGGGCUGUAUGGUCGGGUUUAACGUCGAGGCAGGCGGACGCAGCUGCGAGGAUUCGAACAAGCAAGCAGCCGCAACGAGCGGGAAAGUAGCCUCGAACGGAGUGUCCGUGGAGAGAAUGAGUUGUAACCACGGCCAGCGGGACAACUCAACCCUGACGACACAGACCAAUGCGACCGGUGUUGUAGCAUGGUGUGAUGUGAUGUGA